AUGACCACCAUGCACCCUUUCGACCCCCUCUCUCCAGCGGAGAUCUCCAAGGUAACGGCCAUUGUUCGCGCUCAUUUCCCCGGACAGUCACCAGUAUUCCGAUUCAUUACCCUCAAGGAGCCCGCAAAGCUAGAGAUGCUGCCAUUUCUAGAGAAUGAGCACCGCGGCCUCCCACCCACCACUCGGCCAGCCCGCAUUUCUCGUGUCCAGGUGGUCCUUCGCAGCGACAAGGGCGAAAACCAGUUGAUUGAGCUUCUAGUGGACCUGGAUAGCAAGCAAGUAAUCAAGAACGAGCAUCUUGUGGGAAGACACUCGUACAUUGACGCGGACUAUAUGCGCCUAGUUGAAUCGGCUUGUUUGGCGGACCCAAAAGUGCAGGACGAGAUUAAGAAGCUCAAGCUGCCCGCCAACUCGACGGUAAUCGUCGAGCCAUGGGCCUAUGGAACAGAUGGGAUGAAUGACAUGUCGGAAAGAAUUUCGAUGUGUUGGUUCUACCUCCGGCUUCUAGAUAACCCUGACGCCAACUACUAUGCAUACCCCCUGGAUCUGUGCGCAGAGGUGUCCGAAGAACUAAAGGCCACUAAAAUCUAUUAUCUGCCAUCCUCCCAAGAUGAGCGGAUUAGUGAUCAAGCCCGGCCUUUUGAUAUUAACCGAAUCCAUUCCACGGUGGAUAGCGAGUAUCACCCCAGUCUGCGGCCGCCACCGCGCAAGACAACGAAGCCCUACCAAGUCGUCCAGCCCGAAGGUCCUUCGUUUAGCACGCAAGGGAACCAAAUUUCUUGGGAGAAAUGGACUAUGCGUGUGGGAUUCAAUUACCGCGAAGGGCUCACGCUACAUGAUAUCCGCUACGAUGGCCGGAGCCUCUUUUACCGUCUCUCCCUUGCUGAGAUGUUCGUGCCCUAUGGCGACCCACGCGCUCCCUAUCCAAGAAAGGCAGCCUUCGACUUGGGGAGCGAUGGCGCAGGUGUUAAUGCAAACAACCUGCGUCUAGGAUGUGACUGCCUCGGACUGAUAAAGUACUUCGAUGCGUGGCACAACACCUCUUCCGGAGAACCCCUAAAACUGCCCAACGUGGUCUGCUGCCACGAACAAGACGACGGCAUCCUCUGGAAACAUACCAACUUCCGCACGCAGAACGCUGUAGUAGCUCGCGCGCGCAUCCUAGUGCUGCAAACUAUCAUCACCGUCAGCAACUAUGAAUACAUCUUUGCCUUUCAAUUCAGUCAAGACGCGUCCAUCCACUACGAGGUCCGCGCUACAGGCAUCCUAUCCACGUGCCCUAUCAACAUCAACGAUAAAGUCCCCUAUGGCACUAUUGUCGCCCCUGGUGUCUUAGCCCCCUAUCACCAACACCUCUUCUGCCUCCGGAUGGACCCCUGGGUUGACGGAAACGUCCAAAACUCGCUACAGGUCGAAGAGUCGCACGCCAUGUCUGUCGGCGAUCACAAUCCCUUCGGUGUGGGAUACACCACCAGUUCGAACAUUAUAACCGAGGAAACCGGGCUCGACCUCGACUUUUCCAAAAACCGCACCUUCAAAAUCAUCAACGAGGAUUCCAUCAACCCCGUCACAGGAACACCAGUGGGCUUCAAACUCCUUCCGUCUUACAGCCAAAUGCUCCUCGCGCGCCCGGACUCCUAUCACGCCCAUAGAUCCGAGUACGCCGCGCACGCAGUCUGGGUCACCCGGUAUGACGACGAAGAGAUGUUCCCUGCUGGUCGGCACACGAUGCAGUCGACCGGUGGAGAGGGGAUUCAUUCGGCGAUUACGCGGCGGAAGACCGAUGGUAGUAAGACGUCUGUCCGUGAUGAAGAUAUUGUCGUCUGGCAUACGUUUGGGUCGACUCAUAAUCCGCGAAUCGAAGACUGGCCGGUUAUGCCGAUGGAUCGGAUGCUUGUUGGUCUCAAGCCGGUAAACUUCUUCACUGGGAAUCCCGGGCUAGAUGUUCCCCCAUCGACGCAGGAAAGAAAUCGGAGCGUGUUGGUUGGAGGGGAUUCUCUGCAGUCGUCAUCAGAUGCUUGCUGUCGGUUGUGA